AUGGAAGUGUACGCAUUUCUGUUGGGAACCGUUCUUCUCAACGCGGUGUAUGGGGACAACCAUGUUGAUCUCCACAACAAAGGACUGCGGACCGUACCUACAAAUAUCUCAUCAACAACAGAAAGCCUGGAUUUGAGUUGGAAUCUUCUGGAGACGAUAACCAAUGGAUCCUUUCGAAUUCUCAGCAGGCUUAUAUCACUGAGUUUAAAUCACAACAAACUUGUGAGGUUAGAACCAUCAGCGUUCGAGGGAUUAUCACAACUACGCUUCCUGGAUCUAAGCAACAACCGAUUUGUGCUGGAGUAUGAAUCCUAUCCACCCACAGUAUUUCAUCCUACACAAAAGCUAGAGAUCCUAAAUAUGGAUGAAAAUAGCCCAGGCUAUUCAUCCCGUGCGUAUCAGUUUCCAGACGAGAUAUUCAGCAGCCUGAUAUCACUGAAGGAGUUGACUGUUGACGAGCCGUUGCACAAUGUUUCAUUUGGACCGGGCGUCAUGAGCAUGUCUCAGCUUAAAAGUCUGUCCGUUUACUGUUGGGAAUUUGGAAGCAGCCUCAGACCAGACACAUUUGCUGCGUUUGCCAACUUAUCAAUUCAGUCAUUGGUGUUGAGAUGCCAGAGUUUAGAGGAAGGGACUUUGAAGCAUUUUCCGCAUGUGACAAGUCUAAAUCUGAGAACAAAAUCGCUACCCAACGCCUUAUCAGCUCUCGUGGACCUGCGCCAUCGCCAUAUGACAUAUCUGACAAUCACAAAUACAAAUUCUGACAAAGGGUUCAGCAGGGACCCCGAAACCUUGGCUCUCACUGCAAACAACACGGCUCACUUGGCGACUAUUUGUGUUCGUCACCUGGACUUGAGCAAAAAUGCCAUAAUCCAUGUGGGAAUAGAUGUCUUCAGCCGAUUCCAGUACCCCGAGUGUCUAGAAACAUUUAACUUUGGAAACAAUUAUCUGCCCGUCGCUACUAGCUACUUAGCAGCAAUUGGCGUGAUACACUUCACAAGGUUAAAGUAUUUAAAUAUCAGUCCAGGAAGACGUUAUGCGUUUACUGUGAGAGAGGUUUUGGUGGCCAGAAAUUGUAGACUGGACAUUGGCUUUCGCUAUGAUUUAGAUGCUGUCAUCUUCAAAAGUUUGAAACAUCUGAAAACCCUCGAUCUCUCGAGUAACGAUUUUACAACACUAAGCAGAUUCAUCUUCAGUCCGCUGCAAAGUUUAGAAACCUUGAUCCUGUCAAACAAUAAGCUGAUCCAUAUACCAGAGUCCAUCUAUGAUUUGGUCUCGUUGACAUUCUUGGACUUGUCAUCCAAUGUGAUUUCAUCUUUGUCACGCGCACAAAUGGACUGGUUGACCGCUGACAAUUCAUCCCACUCAAAAGAUGCUGUCAGAGUUUCACUGAACCGUAACCCCCUCCUCUGCACUUGUAACACCGUCAGUUUUGUGCGAUGGCUUCUAGACGGCUCAGCCAAUGUUGAAGCACGUUUGACCUUAACGUGCAGUCUAGGAAAUGGAACGUUCGUGGAUAUUGGUAGCCUCACAUCAAAGCUUAAGAACAUGGAAGUAUCUUGUGUCAGCAACUUUUGGUUGACAUUUUCCACAGUUGGCUCGAGUCUGAUGGCCGUGGUAAUUGUUCUAGGAAUAUUUGCCUACCGUUACAGGUGGAAUAUCAAAUAUUGGGUUCUGACAAAAUGCAGGAGAGGUUCUGUCGUUGAAGAAGUGACAAAUGAACAAUACCGAUACGAUGCCUUCGUAGCGUAUAAUUACUUCAGUUACCGAUGGGCUUGCAUUGUUCUGCGACAAUUUCUGGAAGAUGAAAACAACUACACGAUCUGUCUCCAUGAUCGAGACUUCCCGGUGGGUGUCAGUAUUCAGCAAAACAUAGUGGACGCCGUGAACAACAGUCGCAAAGUUAUCCUAGUCAUCAACAAGUCGUUCCUGAAAAGCGAUUGGUGUGAAUUUGAAAUUCAAAUGACGGGCAUGCGCAUGGUGAGAGAUGGUUAUGAAAACGCCAUUAUUGUGAUCAUGAUGGAAGAGAUUCCCGUGUCGGAAAUGCCACGGUCGCUGCUGAACCUUUGGAAUCACAUUACAUUCCUGCUGUGGCCGGCCAAUGACCUGGGUGACGAACGGAUCUUCUGGAACCGUUUGCUGGAGGUCAUGGCACGCUGA